AUGGCGGCGCCCCACAGCAUGAAAUUCUGGAAACCCGGUUCGGAGGCGCCGGGUGUUCACGAGGAGCGGGAGCUGAACACCGAGCUGAGCGGCACCGCCGUCAUCUACAACCCUCACAGCGCCCUGUCGGUGGAGAAACAGAGGCAGAAACUGCCCGUCUUUAAGCACAGGAACAACAUCCUGUACAUGGUGGAGAAUUAUCAGACGCUGGUGAUAGUCGGCGAGACCGGAUCAGGGAAGAGCACCCAGAUCCCUCAGUACCUACUUGAGGCCGGUUGGGCAGCGGAAGGGAAGGUGAUCGGUGUGACCCAGCCUCGGAGAGUCGCCGCCACCUCGGUGGCCAGCCGGGUAGCAGAAGAACGUGGGGCAUCUUUGGGGCACGAGGUGGGCUACACCAUCCGCUUCGAUGAUUGCUCGGAUCCUCAGACUACGCGAAUAAAGUUCCUCACGGACGGGAUGCUGGUGAGGGAGAUGAUGGCCGACCCUCUGCUGAAAAAAUACAGUGUGCUCAUGCUGGACGAGGCUCACGAGAGAACUCUCUACACCGACAUCGCCAUCGGCCUCCUGAAGAAGAUUCAGAGGAAGCGUCAGGACUUGAGGGUCGUCGUCGCGUCUGCUACUCUGGACGCUCAGAAAUUUCACGACUUUUUUAACCUGAACGAAUCGGGAGACCCGAGCAAGGACACGUGCGGGAUCCUGACCGUGGAGGGGCGCACCUUUCCCGUGGACGUCUUCUACACCGUCAGCCCCGUACCAGAUUACGUGAAGGCCACUGUGGAGACGGUGAUGAAGAUACACGAGGCCGAGGAGGACGGCGACAUCCUGGCGUUCCUCACCGGUCAGGACGAGGUGGAGAAGGUGGUGUCCAUGCUCCAGGACGGUGCUCGCUCCCUCUCUCGUCAGGGUAUGAAGAAACAUCUCCGCGUUCUCCCCAUGUACGCCGGCCUUCCCUACAGCGAACAGCUGAGGGUGUUUGAGAGGCUGCCACCUACUGUCAGAAAGGUGGUGGUGGCCACCAACAUCGCCGAGACGUCCAUCACCAUCAACGGCAUCGUCUUCGUCAUCGACUGCGCGUUCGUUAAGCUGCGCUGCUACAACCCUCGUACCGCCAUCGAGUCCCUGAUCGUCACGCCCAUCUCCAAAGCCUCGGCGGCUCAGCGGGCGGGAAGAGCCGGGCGCAACCGGCCCGGCAAAUGUUUCCGCCUCUACACGGAGGAAGAUUUCGGGAAGCUACCUGAGAGCACCGUCCCCGAGAUGCAGCGCAGUAAUUUAGCUCCGGUCAUCCUGCAGCUCAAAGCUCUGGGCAUCGACAACGUCCUGCGUUUCAGCUUCCUGUCUCCUCCGCCGGCUCAGUCCAUGGUUCAGGCUCUGGAGCUGCUCUACGCUCUCGGAGGUCUGGAUCAGUACGGCCGCCUGAUGGAGCCCGCGGGGGUGCGCAUGGCCGAGUUCCCCCUCGCCCCCAUGUUCGCCAGGAUGCUCCUCGAGUCGGGAAACUUCGGCUGCUCCAAGGAGAUCGUCACCAUCGCCGCCAUGAUGCAGAUCCAGAACGUCUUCGUGGUGCCGUCCAAUCAGAAGAAGGCAGCCGCUCGUGAGCACAGGAAGUUCGCCGUGGCCGAAGGAGAUCACCUGACCAUGCUGAACGUCUACGAAGCCUUCGUGAAGCAUCAGAAGAGCUCACACUGGUGUCAGGAACAUUUCCUCAACUACAAAGGUCUGGUGAGGGCCACCACGGUUCGGGAGCAGCUGCGGCGCCUGCUGAACAAGUUCAAGGUUCCUCGGACGUCCAGUGAAGGUGAUCCAGAUGUGAUUCUCAGGUGCAUCGUGUCGGGGUUCUUCGCCAACGCUGCUCGCUUACACCACUCUGGAUCCUACAGGACGUUACGGGACGACCGGGAGCUUCACAUCCACCCAAACUCGGUGCUGUACGGGGAGAAACCGCCAAAAUGGGUGGUCUUUAACGAGGUGGUUCAGACCUCCAAGUACUACAUGCGUGACGUGACGGCGGUGGAGUCGUCCUGGCUGGUGGAACUGGCGCCUCACUUUUACAAACAGGCCACGCACUCCGGCUCGCUGAGCAGCAAACGCUCCAAGAUCUUCUGAUCCCGCCCCUCUCACCUGGACGUCCGGCCGCCGGAGCACCGCUGACCCUCGGAGACUCCAUUCCACUCGCGUAGAUCCAGAAAUCCACCGAGCGUCUGAGGCGGCAGGGACGUCUCGGUUCGCUCUGUAUAUGUAUAUGUAUAUAUAUACGUCCCGUAUAUCUUUAGAUAUUCAUGCUCUGACCAGCUCAUCCACCAGCACGUGAACACGGACCAGGUUUGCAGACGGGAACAUAAUACAUAUUUUGCCAUUAAACGACACACACACACACACACACACACGUUAGACACGUCGUUAAAACCCAAAUUAAUUAAUAAAUAAAUAAAUCCUACGCUCUGAAAAGGAUUAGAAAUGGCAGCGGUGCUUACAGUAGUGCUAAUUUAACACGGGUUUAGUACAGUAAGAUGUGUAUUGGGACACAGCUGGAGAUACUUGGGAGCCUCUAGUUUCUGCUGGGUUCCCGUCCCGUCCGAAGGGGGCGGUAUCGCGCGGUAUCGGGCGCCUACUGGCUGAGAUCGGUUCCAAAUGUACCAAACCUGGUGUAAACAAUCUAAAAAUAAGUAUAACACCGAUGUGCGCCUGGGUGGCACGACAGUCUGAUGUGCCAGCACACCUCAGCAGAGCCAUUGACCUGGCCGGGCGUCCACACAAGACACGAGUGGCUGUUUCUUCCUGCACCACUGCACUUGUUUGGGAAGGGGGGGGGGGUUGGCAAAUGGAGCUUAGUGUGUCCAUGUCUC